UCUUUGGUCUGGUAACACACUGCAGCUAUCCUCAAUAACGCUAGGUGGACCUCCGCAGGUUUUUGCAUUUGUGCUGUGCGCGAUGUGCUUGCCCAGCUGGAUAGCCUUCAAGGCCAGUGAUAACGUGCAGUGAUAAAGGAUAAUGGAUCUGGAUGAAGAGCGGGUUGUCACAGCGGCUUAGCGAUGCCCGACGCCAUCAUGAAGCCAAUCUAUCUUCGAGGUCUGCUGUGGCUCUACCUUUUGGGCUGCUUCCUCUUCGUCGCGGCCCUGGAACCUGGCUUUUUGGACUUUGAUAACCUCCCAGACACGAACUUCUCCUGCGUUGGUAAAGUAAUCGGAGGGUACUAUGCCGACCUGGAGACCAACUGCCAAAUGUUCCACGUUUGUACCAUCGGGCAACUGGACGAACCCAUGGACAUCCGGUUCCUGUGCCUCAAUGGGACCGUCUUCGACCAGGAAACGCGAGUUUGCGAACGAAUCGAUGAAGUUGAUUGCUCAAAAUCUGAACAGUUCUACAGUCUCAAUCUGGAAUUGUACGGAAACACCCAACCCAGCGUUUUGGAAGAAAGCGAAACCGAACCGCCAAUCAUAAUCAAGGCUUCGACCACGACAACAACAACAACCCCACGCCCAAAACCCAAAACAACACGCACCUACUACACAACAUCGGCACCAACAGUAACAACCGUAACCAAAGUCAUAUCAUCGCACCACUUCCCGAUCAAUGGUCAGACGGACAUUCGCUUCAACCCGGAAGAAAUCAACAUUAGUCUAAAUCCGGGGGCGCCGCCAAACAUCCGGAAACCAGUCACCUACCACCAGCAAGUCUUCAGUGACAAUAAAAAAGUAGUGGUAACCACUCACACAACUUUUGGUACUGAUAAAGAGGAUAUCCUUCGAGUGGUACCGAACACCCAGCGCCCGGUCUCUUCGACCCAAAAGGCAAAACCACCGGCCACACCCGCUGACAUUAAUUACGGGUUCACGUACCAUCAAACUGAGAAAGUACCACAUAAUUAUCAGUACCAUCACGCGAACUUCCAUCAGCAUGGCCAGUUCCGGGAUCAGUUUAAAACAACCGAGCGUGCAACAACCCGGAAACACCCAUACAAGGAACCUACGACGUUUCGAACCACUUAUGUCAAACCUCAGUACCAGUACCGCACCGAGAAGCCACAAAGGGUGCAAUUACCGGUACCACUACUACCAACACUGCCACCUUUGACGUUUAGUUCCCCAGCACCGUUCAGUCUAGGCCACCAUAUCGAGGCCAAACGGUACACCAACGACCAUCAAUCACCCAGAAUCAUAAUCAGUGCUAGUGCUAGUGUUAGCGAUGCCAGUGGUCGAAGACUUAACUAUUCGCUAGGAACCAUCGGUGUAACGCCUCUACUAGAGCAGCCGCCGAAAACCUACGAUGAGUAUAAGGACCAUGACGUGGUCCUGGACCCAUUCUACCACGACGUGCCCAAAAUCAAGAACAAGAGACGCAAGAGACAAGUCAAUCAUUCCGAAGUGAUCAAAAACGAGCAAGAAGCAGUCGAUGUUUUGAAGUUUUUGUUCGACUGGUACCAAAACCACCAACGGACUAGUACCAUCAGAGUACCAAUCGAUGCCGAGGACAUAACGGAGAUAAACCAAGAGUUGGCACCCAUUGUGGAACCACCAGAACCAAUAAAUCACACGAAAAUUGAGCCUAACUUUGGCGAAAGUGACUUAUUCCAAAGAAAAAGCAAGUUUAACAUAGUUGGGGAUGUCUUAAGUGUGACCGAAGUUGAAGACAAUAGUACAACUAGUACAAGUACUAGUGCAAGUGUGGGUAGUGAAGACUACGUUGAUGACAAUUACGAGGCGGUUCAAGGAACUAAAGUUGAAACUACAACGAUCAGUACUACAAGUACCACAAGAAGGGUACGGGGGAGGGGUCGUGCUCAUUAUAGGAAGGUUUCGGAAAGUGAGCCAAAAUACUCGGCUUCGUACUCGAGACGAAGAGGGCGAGGGAGAAGUACUACGACAACUGAAGUACCACCAAAAGAAGAAAUUGUUGAAGAGUUGAAGAAAGAAGCGAGUUUGAAAGAAGAAUCGCGAGUUGUUGAAGUUUCCGAGAAAAGUGUUGAAGAAACGACCACAAAACCAGAAGAAACUUUAGAAACAACAACAAUUGGGAAGAAUAGUAGUGAAGAAACAACCACAAGGACAGACGAGACUUUAGAAACAACAACAAUUAAAAAUAACAGUACUGAAGACGUAACGAAAUCAGAAGAGAUUUUGGAAAUAACGACAAGAACCGCGGAAACAACAACACUUAAAGAAGAAACGACAAAUAAAAAUGAUGAAGUUGACGAAACGUCUUCACUGGAAGAUGAGUCGCAUCUAGAACCAGAAACAACAACAGUGCUUGAUGAAGAAACAACGGAAGAAUUUCAGAUUGCUUCUGAAACGUCAGCAGCUGAUCUGAAAGAAGAUGAAACCAAGAACCUGGACCAAGAAACGACAACAAUUUCGUUAGUUAACGAUGAAGUAAAGAAUUCGAAGGAAGAAACGCAGAUAUUGUCUGAAACGUCAGCAGUUACCGAAGAAACAAAGACUGUGGAUGAACUGCAGUUACUUUCCGAAGACCAGAAUGAAGAAACGGUGGAAGCACAAAGCGAAGAUUUUGAUGACUUGGAUGAUUUAGAAGAAAAAUCAAAUGUUACGACACCAAGUCAAGUCAGUGAAGGUCCAGUAACUGAAGCUACGCUAGUCACAACUACUGGAGAAGUUUUUGACGAAAAGACCACAGAAAACGAAACAACUGAAACAAUAACGGAAGUGACCACACUAGAAGAAAAAGAAAGUGAAGAAAUAGUUUUGUCUAAACCCAAAACUGAAGAUGCGGUUUCGCCAAAAAUCGAAACGAAGAAUGAAACUGCAGAAGUGGUUUUGCCUGAAAAUCCUGAAACGACAGAGUAUUUGCACGAAAGCGAAGAAACGACUUUUGCGACCACUGACGCUGUCGCAACUGAAACCGAAUUUUCACCUACUAGUACCAGUUCUAGUACUACUGAAAAUCACGCAACUGUGACCACUAGCACUAGUACCGAGUCCCCGAACUUGACCCCUGCUCAAACAACCACCGAAACUUUGGACAUUCCUCGUGGGCGCAGUGCCCAUCGCAGGGUGCGCCCUUCGCGCCCUAGAAGUUACCGCCGACCAAACCCUAGACAUAGGUUUAGUACCGAAUUGUUCACAUCUCGGCCCACGCGCCGAAAAACCACCGUCGAAAUCAACUCGAACGCUUUAACAAGUCAACUGACCACCACUGAACUUGUCUCUACCUCACCCACGGAAGAAGUCCCCCCCACCGACGCCCCCUUGUUCAAAAGUGCCAACCCUACGCAAGCCGAAUCGGCCAAAGAGUCCCUCCAUACGACCCCCUUGUCGAUGACUUAUAAACUAAGCGUGCGGAAGGAGAAACUCAAGUCGUACAUUUUUAACUGUUUCGGGAAAGCGAUUAAUAAGUUUUACUCCGAUCCGAGAGACUGUAGGCUUUUCCAUUAUUGUACUUCGGGGUACACGAAAAACCAGCUGCUAGACAUGAAGUUUGUGUGUGAUUUGGGGACUUAUUUCGACGAUGAGAAGCUCAUUUGUACAAAGGAGAAGCCCCACAGGUGUUUGUAAAUAUGCUCUCUUAGCUAGCGAUCGAACGUCCUAUUAGCCUAAAUCAAUUUGUAAUUAUUACUGAACUUGUUAUGAAUACUCAUAGAUUAAUAUAAUUAAAUUAAAUCAAUAAACUAUUUUGUUAAAUUUUCA